AUGGACGCGCUCUUCGGACGCGGGUCCUCGAACGAGGCGUCGUCGGCGAGCGCGCUGAAGGUGGUGAACUGUCCGAGUCAGGAGCUCGCGAAGACGAACAAGGCGUUCGUGAGCGCCUCGGACUUCUCGCGCAUUGGACCGUACGCCGAGAUGGGGGAUCGGGUGUUCAUGACGGACGUCUCGAGUGAGAUCGCGGACGGUUCCGUGGGCCUGAACUCGGCGCAGCGAGCGCAGUUGAGAGUGUCCGUCGGUGACGUCAUCAGAUGGGCGUCAUACGAGCCGCCGAGUCGGGAGUUUGAUUGCGUCGGUAUGACGAUUGAGUUGGAGUUCACCAGACCUGGGAUGGCGGCGGAGCUCACGGGGAGAAACCAACACGAGGCGGUUGAGGCGGAGGCGCUCACGAGCGUGUUGAGGCGGACGUUCAGCUCGCAGGUGUUCACGGUGGGGCAGAAGGCGGCGGUGGAGUACUGCGGAAAGAAUUAUUUCAUCACUAUCAAUCAUCUGGUGGUGGAAGGGGCGAGAGAGGGCGUGCAAUCGAUGCGAGGGAUGUUCACGCCGUCGACGACGGUGGUGUACGAAGCCAUGGCGAGCAGUGGGAUUAAAAUUUUAGGUCAAAAGGCGACGGUAAUGAACACCGGUCUGUUUAAGAGUAAGGAUUUUAGUUUUUCCAAGCUCGGUAUCGGAGGUUUGGACAAGCAGUUCGAGGAUAUCUUCAGACGCGCGUUCUCCUCGCGGAUUUUUCCGCAGAGCGUCGUGCAGCGACUCGGCAUCCAACAUGUCAAGGGUAUGCUGCUUCACGGCCCGCCAGGUACGGGUAAGACGCUCAUCGCGAGACAAAUUGGGAAAAUGUUGAACGGGAAGGAACCGAAGAUCGUGAACGGGCCGGAGAUCAUGUCCAAAUACGUCGGUCAGUCAGAGGAGAACAUCAGAAAGUUGUUUGGCGAUGCCGAGGACGAGUUCAAGGCGCGCGGCGACGAUAGCGAGUUGCACAUCAUUAUCUUCGACGAAAUCGACGCAAUCUGUAAGGCGAGAGGUAGCGUUAACAGUGGCACGGGUGUGCACGAUUCCAUCGUGAACCAGCUGCUCACAAAGAUAGAUGGCGUUGACGCGCUGAACAACAUUUUACUUAUCGGCAUGACAAACAGAAAAGACAUGCUGGACGAGGCCAUGCUCCGUCCAGGUCGCCUGGAGGUUCACAUCGAGAUUGGAUUGCCAGAUGAGAGCGGUAGGAUACAGAUCUUGAAUAUUCACUCGAACAAGAUGACGGAGAACAAGUUUCUCGGAGCCGACGUCGAUUUGGCGGAACUCGCCAAGCGCACAGGUAACUUUAGUGGCGCAGAGAUCGAAGGUUUGGUCAAGUCUGCGGUAUCUUUUGCUUUGACGCGACAAGUCGAUAUGAAUGACAUCGGGGCGACGAUUGAAGAGGAAAAUAUUAAGGUAACCAUGGCAGAUUUCGAGCUUGCGUUGCUUGAGGUGAAACCGGCUUUCGGGGCAUCGACAGAUCAGUUUGAACGAUGCAUGUUGAACGGCAUGAUUUCCUACGGAGAAAAGUACGAAAAGUUGGUCUCGACGAUGCAGUCACUCAUCGAGCAAGUGCGGGUGUCUGAAAGAACGCCCAUGCUCACGUGUCUGCUGGAAGGAAACGCGGGAAGCGGAAAAUCGGCGCUCGCAGCUGCGCUUGCGCUCAAGUCUGCGUUCCCAUUCAUGAAGCUCUUAACGUCCGACGGUUUCGUGGGCGCUUCCGAGGCGGCGAAGUGUCAAGCGCUUGCUAAGCUAUUCGAUGAUGCGUACAAGUCUCCGCUCUCGUUGAUCGUCCUGGAUGACAUCGAGCGCUUGCUCGAGUACGUCUCCAUCGGUCCUCGCUUCAGCAACGUUGUCCUGCAAGCGCUCUUGGUGUUACUUAAACGCCAGCCGCCGCAAGGACGGAAGCUAUUGGUGAUCGGCACCACGUCUUUGCCGCUCGUUUUCGAGGAGAUGGGUCUGAACGCCGCCUUCAACGUGUCCUUACACGUCCCCGAACUGAGCCCUAGCGAAGCCGCCGGCGUGCUCUCGCACAUCGGCGCCUUCUCCGCCGACGACCUCCCGUCGGCAUGCCAAGCCCUCCAAGCCCUCGCGGGCGAACGCAUCGCGAUCAAAAAGUUAUUCAUGCUCCUCGAGAUGGCUCGUCACGGGAAAGCGCACGAGGACGACAUGUCGGACGCCGCGAACGCGGACGAGCCCGUCGCCCUCGAGCGUUGGGUCGCCUGCCUCCGCGAUCUCGCGCAGUGA